AUGUCCUUUCCGACUGAGCAGGGGCUUAAAGCUGGGCCCGUUUUGACUGACAAUAUCCGCGAUGACUUGGAAGCUCGGGAUACGACCGAGAUAGGUGUCGGGGAGGGAGAUGAAGUCAGUCAAACUGUGCCGGAAGCUAAGGAUCCUGACGUUGUCGAUUGGGAUGGUCCUGAUGAUCCGGCGAACCCUCGAAAUUGGAAAAGGGGGACCAAAUUGAUGCAUGUCCUUCUCGUCAGCGCCUUCACUCUGUACUCGAACCUGGCCGCAGUCAUGUUUGCUCCUGGUGCUCUGGCUCUGGUCCACGACUUUGGUAUCACUAACACCAUCGUCGCUUCUUUGACUGUCACCAUCUACAUCCUCGGAUUUGCCAUCGGGCCUCUUGUCCUUGCCUCCCUGUCGGAGACCUACGGGAGACUGAUGGUCUAUCACAUGUGCAAUGUCGUGUACAUCGGUUUUACUAUCGGUUGUGCAUUGAGCACCGAUACUGCCAUGUUUCUGGUAUUCCGUUUCAUUUGUGGGUGUGCCGCUUCCUCGCCAAUGUCUAUUGGAGGGGGAACGAUUGCGGACCUUCAUGUUGAGGCUGAGCGUGGAAAGGCGAUGGCAUUAUUUGGCCUUGGUCCCCUUCUUGGUCCGUUUCUGAUAAUAAGGCAGGUUAUCGGUCCCGUGAUUGGCGGAUUCGUCACGCAGGAUCUCAGCUGGCGCUGGACGUUUUGGUUGAUUCUCAUUCUGUCGAGUGUCGUCUCUCUGAUUGCUCUUGCCGUUAUGCGGGAGACUUAUGAGCCCAUUCUCCUCGAGCGCAAGGCUGCCCGGUUGCGAAAGGCCACGGGCAACGACAGACUUCAAGCUCGGACGUAUAACAAAGACCUCACUCCGCAACAGCUUCUCGCACGCGCCGUCGUAAGGCCAACCAAGAUGCUCAUCUUCUCGCCGAUUGUUCUCUUACUCUCAAUCUACUGUGCCUUUAUGUUCGGCCUUACCUACCUCUUAUUCACUACCUUCCCCGCCGUUUUUGAGGAGACUUACGGUUGGGGCCCUGGCAUCGCAGGACUGGCAUACCUCGGACUCGGGCUGGGUAUGAUCUUCAGCAUCGCCCUGUUUGGCCUACUGAGCGACAAGCUUCUGAACCAACCCAGAGGGGGUACUGUUGAACGGCCUGAGCUUCGCCUUCUCCUCAUGAUGUGGUUGUCUCCCAUGGUCCCUGUCGGGUUCUUUUGGUACGGAUGGAGUGCACACUACCACACUCACUGGAUCGUUCCAAUCCUGGGCACCUUUUUCAUAGGCCUGAGCUCUUUUCUUAUUCUGAUGCCGGCUCAGAUCUACCUCGUGGACGCAUUUGGCUCCAAGGCAGCGGCUUCUGCUCUGGCUGGGAACGUAGUCUUGCGCAGCCUGUUUGGGGCAUUUUUGCCUCUUGCGGGGCCUCGAAUGUAUUCAACUCUGGGACUCGGCUGGGGAAACAGUUUGCUGGCUUUCAUUGCCCUGGCGUUUGUGCCAGUUCCAUUGUUUUUCUAUAAGUACGGCGAGCGCUUGAGAAAUCGAUUUCCAGUGGACUACUGA